AUGAGUCGUCUCGAUAGAAUAAUUUUCUGUUACUUUGCAGUUGCAGGACUCCUGGUUUGCUGUUUGCUUGGUGCCACAAAAGCAAUCGUGGGAGGAGAUGAAUGUCAAUUAACACCAGUCAUACACGUUCUCCAAUAUCCGGGGUGUAUUCCGAAACCAAUUCCAAGCUUCGCAUGUACGGGACGAUGCAGCAGUUACCUUCAAGUGUCUGGCUCAAAAAUUUGGCAAAUGGAGAGGAGCUGUAUGUGUUGUCAAGAAAGUGGCGAGAGGGAGGCCAGCGUGUCACUAUUCUGCCCAAAAGCAAAACCAGGCGAACGGAAGCUCCGCAAGGUAAUCACCAAGGCUCCUUUGGACUGCAUGUGUCGACCCUGUACCGGCGUCGAGGAAUCCGCAAUAAUUCCUCAAGAAAUAGCAGGAUUCGCCGAGGAAGGUCCUCUGACGACAUCCGCACACUUCAGAAGAUCAUCCGGAUUGCAGUGAUUAUUUUAAUGGAGAUUAUACUACAGUUGGACAGAACCAU